GUUAAUUAGCGGCGCUGCUUCCUGACAAGAGAAAGAAGGAAACCUUUCGAAGAAAGUCACCGUCACUCGUCGAUUUCAAGUGUGAAAUAUACACAAUGAGUGAUUCAGAACCACAAAAAGAAGCUGAGGAAGUGUGUGAGCCCCAGUGGCCAGAGAAUGGCAGUGCAUGGAGUGAUGGAGAGGAGGGCACCGACAUGGACUGUGGGCUCCUGCAGGCCAUGGCCGAGGAGGACGAGGACAUAAAUGUCUACAAUGAUGAAACAUUUGGAAUAGAUAUUGACGCUCCCGGGACAGCAGAGGACCCCAGUGUCCCUCAGUUUGGAGAGCUGCCUCUGCCUCCUCCAACUCCACCACCACCUCUACCAGAUCCCAAACCUCCAUCGCCCCACAUCUCUCCCUCUCCUCCCAAACAGAAGCCACAGCAUCUGUCCAUGUUCCCCCCUGGACAGCGUGGUAGAGUUAGGGGACAUAGGGGUGGGAUGUACCGGGGACAGAUGUUUGAAGACCCUGCUGUGAUGAGGAUAGUGGAGGGCCGACCUAACAUUAAGAGUCUUGACAGUGCCAUCGUAGACUGUGGAAACACCAUGUACAAGGAAGCAUUUGGGGAUGAUUGGGGGGCACCCUCUUACAGAAAAACCAGAAGAGUCUCAGGAUCACUUCUUCAGGACAGUGCUAUAGUUUGUGUGAUUGGUCACAGAGGCAGAGGUCAGCAACUGACCCCCAACGUCCUGGAUUUGCCAUAUCCUGUCUCUUCCUUCAGGGGCAGGAGAGGAGAACCCAGAGGACCCUACUCCAGGAGACAGUUUGGCCUAAGAGGCCCCUCUCAGAUGCAGGCACCAAUGCCAGGAUCCCCUGUCUUCUCAUGUCAACCACUGACCCCACGACAGCUUUACAAUCAGACGGGGAGAUUCAUGUUUCCAUCCAGUCGCCCGUCCACUCCUCAGUCUCUGACUCCAAAGAUGAUGCAACUUCGCUUUGGUGCCAACUCGCCAAGACCAUCCCCCUUUCCCAGUCCCUCGUCCAAUCCAGUGCAGCAUGUCAGAAAUCCUGGCCCCGUCACCCAGCUCCAUCCCCAACACAAACGAUUACUUAGUCAAAAGCAGCGUGCAUUCCAAAGAAAGUUGGAGGGCUGGGAUCCUUACUGUAAUCUCAUGACAGUCAAAGAACGGGAGUGGAUCAUCAGGCUGCAGAUGAUUCAGCUGCAAAGUGAAAAUCCGUACUUGGACGACUACUAUUACCAGGAGUACUAUCGUAGGAUAGAAGCCAAGAUGGCCGAGGAGGAGCUCGGCAUCAGGGGCAAGAGGGAGCCCCCAAAGCUCACCACACCGUACAUCACAAAGACUGAUGCCUACACACCAGUGGUGCACAUUGAAGGGUCCUUGGGCCAAGUUGCAGUGUCCACAUGUUACUCUCCUCGCCGUGCCAUCAGUGCAGUUCAUGCAGUCCAAGCUCAGAGUCCACAUGAGGAACAAAAAGAUACCAGGCAACAGCGGUUAGAGGUCCUCAGCAAAAUAGAAAAGUUGUUCACAGCUCUGCUGGAGGUGGAGGAGACGGAGAGAAUGAAAACCACGGUCCUGUCUGAAGCAGGAGACAGAAAGCUACUGGAGAAAACCCAGUGGAAGGUGGAGCACAUCUACUCUGACCUGCAACACUACAACGUUGGAAAUUCAGGAGGAGAGUUUCUUCCUUUCCUGCUGGUCUCAAAGGGCAAAAAGCUUCUCGCCCGUCUGCUCCCAUUCCUGAAACACGAAUCGGCACUGAAAAUCUUACAUAUAGUGACAUUAAACCUACCAACGCUGAUGAGCAGAGAUGCUGAGGAGACCCUUCCAGUUCUUUACCCACCUCUUCGAAAUGUGAUUGGAGCCCUGUCGUUCAGUCAACUCAUCAGGGUCCUCAAAGAUCUGACCUCAUCAGAGUCUUUAUCGACAUACGAGUGCCUGACACUGGCAUGUCAGAACAAGUUUGGACUCUCCUUACUGUAUGCUCUCCUCUCCCAAGGAGAGACACUGCUGUCCUCGGGUGUCCCUCUAGAGCCCAGCAUCGGUGACUUUGAGACCUGGACUGACACAAUAUUCCAGGUGGCAGGACAACUAUCCCAGUGUUCACUGGUGGAGCCGCUCAUUCUGCCCUCAAACCUGCUCACUCUCUUCUGCCGUUACCUGGACAAACGCACUGUGUGUCAGCUGAAGAGCAACAUGGACUCUGCAACUGGAUGCCUGGCUCUUCCGUCUUAAGAUGGACAGAAACUGACGUGAUUUCAGCCAAUGACCAAGUUGUUGUGAGUACUAGAGUUAAUGGAGCAGAAGUGCAGCCCUGGAAUGAACUCCUCAAUGUUCAAUACAUGUGCUUUUUGCAAUGUCCUGAGCUGUGUGAUCAGAAAGCUUUGAUUCUUAUUCCUUUUCCCUCCUUCCUUCAUCCGUCACAUUUUUUCACUCUCAAACUGUUUCCCUUUUGAUUUCCUUCAUCUGAUUGUUUUACUUUGCUUUCCUUUGUCUCCAACAGUUAUGUCAGUGCAAGUUACUCGAGUUAACCAUUUUUUUUUUUCUUCAUUUCAUUCUUUUAACCUUCAAGUGUUCAUUUCAUGGCAUCAACAUGUACUUUAUCUGGUAACAUAACUGUAAUUAGCAAAUGGAGCUAAAUGACUUGAGGCUUCUAUUAAACUUGUAUUUAUUUGUAAAAAUAAUUUCUGGAAAAAAAAAAUAGAUGCAUUCAUGACAAUGAAUCAUGUGUUAAACUAUAGUAUAUAUUUUUUUUACAUAACAAAAACUAAGCAACUUGUGAAGACAAACUACAAUAGAGCUCACCUGCAUCAUGUAUUAUUACACCCCAAAAACAUAAGAAAAAUCUAUUAUUGAUCUCAAAUAGACUAAAAUAAUACUUGUCAUUUUGUCUUUGCUAAAGUAGUAAAUCCUUUGUUUAGAAAAUAACGGGACAAGAAACUUCGUAACUUAAAAUAAGCUGGUGACCAGGUUGAGGAUUGUGUAGUCAUGAUUGUACAGCUAAACCUAUAUGUUCAUUCUAAUAACCGUUUAAGGAAGCCACUUUUGGGUUUUUUGCAAAAGAAAAUGUGCAUUGUGUAAAUGUGUAUAACAAGACUAAAUAUGUGUUUGAUGUAAUUUCCGUCUUAGAUGUUUCUGUUGUGAAGAGAAUUUUAUUUAAUGUAUAAUUUGGAAACAGGAAUAAUUUAAAUUGCACUAUUGUGGAGCACUUGCAACAAAUAAAA